AAGUGUUCAUACACGUUUAAUAAAAGUUGUAUCAGCAUUACUUUAACUUGUUUGAUCACUGAUUUCAACUCAGUGUAAACAAGAAUAUAACUGAAAACAUUCGACUUAAUCGAUGCUCACGAUAAACCAUGAGUUAACUGUAAGCUAAAGAUAAAUAAGUAGCCACGUAUGCUAACGUUAGCUGUUUGCAGUUGCCCAGUAUCAGGCAUGUCAGGCUAUGUUUAUGAAGCUAUCCCUGGUUGGAAUUAGAUGUUAAUAUUGCCGUCUAAGUAACUACUUAAUUGACUUUACGUUUAAUAGUCAUUCAGUCUUACUGCUUGGUAGGAAUGGAUGCUACACAGGUGAUCAGUGACUCCAUCUUAGAGUCAGAUGAGGAGGAAAAUGAAGAGGAUAAUCAAACUAAGAGAAGGCCACCACUGGCUAAGCUGUGUGUCCUAAAAAAUCCACACAUACCAGAGACAGAGUUGCCCCUCUUCUUGGGAGAUAAUGUCCUUGGUCGAGACCCGAGCACCUGCACCCUGCCCUUUCCUGCACCUUCAGUGUCCAAGCAGCAUGCAACUAUCUGCAUCUCUGUUUACAGUAGAAGAGGUUGCCACGGUGAUGUGGACAUGGAGGCUUUAGUUUGGGAUUUAGGGAGUAUGAAUGGGACCCGUAAGGGCCGCUUAAAGCUGACUCCUAAUGUACGUUAUGCCCUCAGUGAAGGUGACAGUUUGGUCGUGGCAGACAUCCCAUGCCAGUAUGUCAGCUGUUCUACAAACUCAGUGUCUUCUCAAGAUGGCACGAGGACUCCAGGGAGCAGAAAUUCAGGGGCAAAGGCCAGGUUGCCAGAUGCUUUGGGAGAAAAAUGGGGUGACAUGAGCACAGGCAGCAAGAAAUGUGUCAACAGCGUUUUGAAGACAGGGGUGUCUUUAAAGAAGUCUCCUGUCAGAGGAAGUUGUCUGGCCUUUGAACAAACUCCAACCCAGCCACAGGGGACCUUGGUGCCAGAAUCUGACUCUGAUUCAGACAGCGAAAGAUGUGGAGGAGGAGACAAAAAGCAGAAGACCCUUGUGUCUGAUUCUGACUCCCAUAAAUCCAGUCCCAAUUCUUCUGUCUUCUUUAGUCCUACAAAUAAAAUUGUCCCUGAAAGUGACAGUGAAAGUCCUAUCAUGCCACACUCUUCCAAUAGAAAUGGGUCACACAGGCACAUCAGUUUCAACACAGAGGAGCCAGAUGUAGAUGUGGGGGGACAGCAGCUGGAGAAAAAAAAGUCACCUGUAAUUGAGAGAAACGGUGAAGAGGAGGACAAAAGUGAGCAAAAUGUGAAACUUAAAAGCAGCAUCAGUCUCACACGAGAAGGUGAAUCACUUGUGUCUACACCAGAUGUGUCCAGAAAAGACAUCCCUGCAUUUAACAUGGACAGUGACACUGAUGUGGAGGGAGAGGAGGAAAAGGUGGCGUCUGCUGGGCCUCCAGACACAGUCCUGUUUCAGAUGGACAGUGAUACAGAUGUUGAUGAAGACAAAGACAUCUCAGAAGAAGUUCCCAAAAGUAUUUCUUCCUUUAAUGACACCAAGCCAUGUCACAUUGCUUCUGUUAUUCAGCCUGAAGACAUCACCAUGGACAAUGACACUGAUGCAGACAAGGAUAAUACUGCUUUGUCAGAUGCUGCCACCAAAGCCAAAGUCCCAUCAUUUCAUAGUGCACAUGCCGCUGAUUCUCCUUCAUCAGUCCUGCCAAAGGAUAUUCAUCUAGACAGUGAUACAGAUGUUGAUGAGGAAACAGAGGGGCAUUGUGGAGCAGUAAACAAAGACUCUAAACCAGAUGAAGCCCCCACCAAAUUUUCUAUAAAGCUUGUUGUGCCUGAACAUGCCUCCACUGCUCCUCACAGCCUGCAUCUAGACAGUGAUACAGAUGAUGAAGUUGUCCCUGUCCCUCCCAUCUGUGAGCCCUCAGCAGCCGCUGCUGUCACAAAAUCACGUGCCACUGCAAAUGCAAAUGCUGACUUGGAUAUUCUGUCGGACAGUGACACAGAUGUGGAUGAUUAUUCUCCUCUGGCUAUACCUGUUGCUGUCACAAACCUGCCAGUGCUUCCUGGUACGUCAAAAGCUCUUAAGUCAGAUUCUGAUGCUGAUACAGAUGUGGAUGAAUCCAGCGUGCCCUCUGCUGGAAAAAGGGCCAAUCCAGCCGACUUUAGAGUGGACAGUGACACUGAUGUUGAGGGUGAGGAUUCAGAUAUUGGAAAAGCAGCUGAAGACCAGAUGCCUGACUUGCAUAGAGAAAAUACUCCGGGGUUGCUGGUUCCCCUUCUGCAGAACUGUUCUACUCCUGUACAGGUGUCAGAAGGAGGAGUGGAAGAAAUGGAGACCCAGGCUUUCACAAGCCCCUCUUUAUGUGCAUUUAGAUGUACUGUAGCAUCUGCUGUUAGACCUGCAGUAUUGUCUUCCUGCUCAGACACUGAGGAGGAAGAAGACUUCAUUGUAGCUGAGACACAGUCUUUUGUUCUUCCGUCUCGACAUUGCCAGACGAGCGUGGACCCAACCAAAGUAGCUGCACUUGAGUCCUCUGGUGAUAGAUCAAAUGAGCAGUCCUGCCAAGAAGACUCUUUCCAGCUUGGAUUGUCUAACAGCAGCCACCUGCAGCACAACAGUGGAACUCUGGCCUUGGAGAGCACCCAGGCUUUUGUCUCUAUGGAAGGGGGAGUAAAUCUGGAAGACACCCAGGCGUAUGCAGCCAUCUCAAGUGCAAACAGAACACCUGCAGAGAAUGACUCAAACCUGGAGGCCACGCUGGCAUAUGGAGAGGAUGAGGAGCCUGCCGGAUAUUCAGAAAUGUCUAAAAAAGACAGUUGUGUAAAUUUGGCUUUGGAAGCAACACAAGCUUAUAUUUUAGAGACCUACAAUAAUUUAGAGGAUGAUUUAGACAAAAAUAAAAAACAAAAUGCAGCUAUGACUGAGACUCAGUCCUUAGAUCCUCUCACUUCAUCUACACUUGCUAUGGCCGAAACCCAACCAGCGCUUUCUUAUGUGGGACAGGAGAGUUUGGAAACAAACAGUCCUGUUUGUUCUGCACAGCAGGUUAAGCCAAGAACACAACAUGAAACAGAAAAGAAGGAUGAACAAGGGAAGGUAGCUCACCUUCAGGAGAGGCACCUCACUGAAACUCAGCCUAUGUGCAUAAGUAACACAGAGGAAAGUGAUGAUGAAGACUCGUUUCCCGGUCCACGAAAGAAAAGAACAGCAAAGCCGCUGCAGCUUGAUGAGGAACAGACACAGCCUCUAACUUGUUCCCAGGCUGAAACUGAGCCCCUCCACAUCACUGUUGAGCCAACUCAGCCCAUGGUCUUAGGUGGAGAUGGUGAAAGUGAUGAGGAGGAGUCGAUGCUGGUCCCAAGAAAAAGAAAAGCAAAACAGCAUCAUUUUGAAGAAGAGCAAACCCAACAGCUCAAAAACCCAGAAGUCUCUAGUGCUGAAACCCAACCAUUGGAUUCAUGUGCGGAUGAUGAUUCUGAGUUGAUGCCAGGCCCACGAAAACGAAAAGCAAAACCACUACAAUUUGAAGACGAGUCACAGUCACUCACUAAUUCAGUCUCUGCUGAUGAAGGUCAGCCCUUGGGUACAUGUGAAAGCGGGCAAAGCGAUGAAGAUGACUUGACUCCAUGUCUGAAAAAACGGAAAGCAAAGCCACUGCAAUUCGAAGAGGAGCAGACUCAGGCACUCGUUAGUUCUGAAGUCUCAGAAGUUCAAACUCAGCCAGCAGUGAUAGGUGAAGAUGAGGCAAGUGAUGACGACUCGGUUCCCGGUCCACGAAAAAGAAAAGCAAAGCAACUUCAUCUUGAAGAGGAGGAGAUGCAAUCAGACACGAAUUCAGAAGCCUGUUUUGAAUCUCCCUUGAAAAGAGAAACUGCUGGAACCAGUGAAACCAGUGUUACAAAUUUAAGCGAGAUGAGGGGACGAGUAAAAGAAGAGGAAGAGGCAUCAGAAUGUUCUGUAGCUUCAAAGAGACCGACAAGAAGGGAGGGUAAAAUGUUGUCAAGCACAAGAGGAAGGAGAGGAGAAGCCAAGUCUGAUGAUGCUAGCACUGAGGAAAAGAUACAGCAGACAAAAAGGAGAAGAAAUAUUAGGCAGCAGGAAAAUGAGGAUGAAAGGAAGAAACUGAAACGGGAGAAAAAUGUUGUAGAGCUCGGACAAGAGCAAGAAAAAACUGAGAAGGAAUGUAGAGAGACUGAAGACCGAGAAAGACUGCAGGCUGAAGAUGCGGAAAAAAAACAACUUGAGCUAAAGAGAAUAGAGAUGGAAAAACAGGAGAAGCAAGAAAUACUGAGAUUGAAGAAAGAAAAAGAAGAGAAAGAAAAGUUGGAAAGAGAGGAGAAAGAGAAAUUAGAAAGGGAAAGAAGGGAACAGAAGGAAAGAGAAAGCUUGGAAAGAGCAAAGAGAGAACAAGAAGAAAGACUUGAAAAGGAGGCGAAAGAACACCAAGAAAGACUGGAGAGAGAAGAAAGAGAGAAACUGGAGAAAAGAAAAGAAUCCAAAGGAGAAGAGAAGCCAACAAUUCCUGCAAGAGGCCGGAGAGCAGCUAGAAGAACCAUUGCUGCAGAGGGCAUAAAAGAGCUGGAGCAAGACUUGACCUCAACCAAUGACUUCCCAUCGAGGAGAACCAGAUCUCGCUCCAAUUCAUCCAACUCCGUCAGCUCAGAGAGGUCUGCUUUAGGUGUCAACACCCAGGAGAGUAAGGGAAAAGGCCUAGGGAGAGGAGCAAAGAGGAGCACUGAGACUCCCCAAAAAACUGUCGUCAGAAGCAGCCGUCGAAGGACGACAAUGGCUGCAGGGCAGACGGAGCGCAGCACUACUGAUAACUCAGCUCAGGAACUCCUCUUCAGUUCCAACUGCUCCAACUCGGUCAGCUCUGACAUGUCAAGCUGCAGUGCAAACACUCAAAACAGAGGAAGAGGAGGAAGGCAGCGAGGAAGAGGAAGGAAAACAGAACCAUAUCCAGAAACCAAUGCUCCUACUAUUAAUGACCAUGAUCAAACAUCUGCAAUGAGGGGCAGAAAUCGCAGGAAGGCAGAAGAGUCCUCCAGCGAGGCUCUCCAUGAGGAUGAUAAAGAAAAGGCACUCUCUCAGCAAGCUGGGACCAGUAGGGGGCAGCAGCAGGCCAAUACAGCAGAUUUAGAGUAUGAAGUUUCAAACGAUAAGGGCCAGUCAAAUCAAGGAGGAGGAGUAGCUAAUGAGAAAUCACCACUGCCCAAGAGGAAUGUCAGGGGUAGAGGUCAAAAAGCAGGAAAAACUGAAACUGCAGAGGAUCCAGUAGUUCCCAAAGUCAGUGAUGCUGAUGAAGCUAGAAACAAAAGAAAAGGACGGAAGAGUGAAUUGGAGGCAAAUAAAGAAACAAACAGCACAAAGGUUUCCAAAGGGAAAGAGAGAGCUAGAACAACAGAAGCAGCAGAGGAAGGAAGGAAAGAUGAAACAAAGGAAAAAACUCCAGAUGCUAUCCAAGUGAGGAAAACCAGUAGAGCAUCCAAUAUUCAAACAAAGAAAAAUGCAAAAGAAUCUCUUCCUGAGAAGUCGGUGAGAGAUGGUGAGAAAAUGGAGGUGGAGAUGUCUGAGAAAAGAGCCAGGGGUCGGACAUCAGUGGUCCAGAAAAAUAAGAAAGAAGCUGUGGAAGAAAGUGGAACAUCUACAACUUCUAUAAACCAGAAUUCAAAUGUGGAGGCAUCAGAGCCACAGACUCCGACCAGCAGUGUUUCCCGAAAGCGACAAGCACCUCCAGAUUCCUCUCCUGUGGCAAAGACUCCUCGCUCCUGCUCUGCUUCCCCCUCAGCAAAUGUCCGACUACGAGCUGGAAACCAGGCCUACAAGGUGCUGUUCACAGGGCUGGUGGAUGAGGCAGGGGAGCGAGUGUUGGCUCGUUUAGGAGGCAGCAUGGCCAAAGGUGUGUCAGACAUGAACUGUCUUGUAACCGAUAAAGUGCGAAGGACAGUCAAAUUCCUGUGUGCAGUGGCCAAAGGUAUCCCAGUUGUCACCACAGACUGGUUGGAAAAGAGUGGUAAAGCUGGGAGCUUUCUUUCUCCUUAUUCUUUCAUUGUGAAGGAUCCGGAGCAGGAGAAGAAGUUCAGUUUCUGCCUGCAGGAGUCUCUGAGGACUGCCAGCAGUCAGCCUCUCUUACAGGGAUAUGAGAUCCAUGUCACAAAGUCAGUAAAGCCGGAGCCAGUUCACAUGAAAGACAUCAUUUCCUCCAGUGGAGCAACUUUUCUGCCAAAGAUGCCCUCAUCUCAUAAGGCUCAGACGGUAGUGAUUUCCUGCGAAGAGGACUGGCGGCUGUGUGGCCCCGCUGUGUCUGCAUCUCUCCUCGUCGUCACUGCUGAGUUCAUCCUCACAGGAAUCCUGCAGCAGAAACUUGAUUUUAAGAGUCAUGCGCUCCCCCCUACUGCAGCUGACCCGCAGCCUGCAGGAGGCAGGGGAAAAGGCAGGAGGAAGAUUUAGUACUCCCAAAAACAUGUCACUGUGUGUGGAUGAAAUCUGCAACAAUGAGUUGUAGAUUAAACUUAUAGCCUGGUAGGAGCACUAGUGAGUCAGCUAUUUGUCUGAUUAUAUGACUUGAGAAUGUACCUAAAUGGAGCUUUGUGUGAUUUUUUUUUUUUUUACUUAAAUGCAAACACAAUUUCUAUGUAGACUGUUUAGCUGUGAAAUAUCUGAAAAUCCCUUUUUACGUGUAUGAUUUUACAAGAAACUGAUGGAGAGUUUACCAAACAGAAGAGUUUUGGACAUACAGUGCUGUUCUUGGGAGUUGGGAAAUUAACAAUGAAGCAGUUAGAGUUGUUCAGAUCAUGUUUGAGUAGUAGAAUAGUAGAGCUGAUGGAAUCCGUUUUAAAAUCAAUCUUCUAUAGAGGUCAGUGAAUGCAACAAGCUUGUUUCCUGUCCAGAUAGAAAGUGCAUAGUGCCUUUUAUACCUGAUGUGAUCAUGAAACCACUGGUGUGUCUUCCUCUCUCCAUUAAGCAGCACCACUCCAUUAAGACUUCAUUCAAUCAUAUCACCAUUGGGGGGGGCUGGACACAGCGUAAGCAUUCGACUACUGCUUCAACAUCGAGAUCUUAUCCUGUUUGUUUACUCCAUUUAUCUAUAUACUGUCUUUUCUUCUAUGCAAGUCCUAGAAAACCAGUAUUAAGUAGUUACAUGAGGUCUCUUUCCUGUUAAAUGUCUCUGUGUCAUGGUGUUUUAAUGAUGGAGUCAUUGUAUGAUUUUUUUGGUCAUAGUCAACUGUUCACUGGCAAAUGACUCAACACCAAGUUUGUAUCAAUUUAUGAAAACAUUAAAUAUCUUCUGUCAGCAUGA